AUGUUGUUACCACCCUUGCAUACCACAGUCAACAUUGGAAGCUACUUUUCUUCUCUCAUGGAACGCGAUACGUAUCGCACCUGGAAGUCCCAGUUUCUUGAUGUCCUGGCUAUCCACGACCUACAACAUGUCAUUGCUGGUGAUGCCCGUCCUUCUACACCCUUCCUCUCUGAUGGCACUACCAACCCAACUCAUUCCCAUUGGUCACAAACCGACAGAUUGGUUCUGACAUGGAUAAAAUCUACAGUUUCACCCUCUAUUGUCCAAAAUCUUUUACUGCCAUGCACCAUUGUUGCCGAAGCUUGGAUCAUACUUAACCGUCGCCUGAAUCCUCUAUUUAGUGUUCACCUUCGGUCUACUCUUGAUCGAUUGCACAAUCUUCAAAAGGCCAUUGACCAAUCAAUGAUUGAUUAUCUUAUUGAUGCUAAAUCUGUGUUUGAUUCUCUUUCUACAGCAAGCUUUCCAGUUCUAGAAUCCAAUUUUGUGGAAUAUAAUGUUGAUGGCCUCGGUCCAAAAUAUCAAGGAUUCAUUACCGCUCUCCAUCUUCGGCCUUCCACUACCUUUGAUGAAUUGUUUGAUCUUCUAGUUUAUGAAGAGCGGCUUGAACAGAAAAACUCAAGCUUGUCCGCUGAGGCUGUGCCCAUGGCUGCUAACCGCACUUCCUUACAAUCAUCUGGGUUUUCUUCCAACAGGCGCAACUACCAUUCUCGCAAUCGGGGCAAUCGCGGGGGAGGUCGUGGUGGUCAGAAUUAUCAGUCACGCCAGCCUCCUCCGCUUUCUUUCUAG